AUGAAUUGUAAAUUUUCCUUUUUUUUCAUUUUAAUAAACAUAUUUUUAAUAAAUUUUAUUUUUCAAUGUAACAAUUUUAAUAUAAGUAAUACAGAUAAUAUAAUAAUAGAUAAUUUUCAUAAAAAUCCGAAAAAUAGAUGGUUAAAUAAAAAUGAUAAAAAGGAACUAGAAGAAAAAAAUAUUUCGCAAAAUUUAGUUAAAAUAAAUAAUGAUCAUCAUGAAAAUAGUAAAACAGAUAUAAGGAAAAACAUUGAAAAGCUAAAGAUGUUAAGUGAAAACUUAAAAAAUGGAAAAUUAACUAAUGAAACUGAAAAUUUAAGAAAUGCAUAUAAUAUAGAUGAUGGUAAUUUCAAAUCAUAUGUAUUAAAUGAAAUUCAUAAUAAUAAAAAAUUAGGAAAAGAAAAAAAAAGCGAAGAAGAAAUAAAAUUUUUAGAAGAAAAUUCUCAAAAAUUAUUAUAUGAUAUUCGUGAUUGGUUGCAAUCUGUUAAAAAUAUAGAAGAGAAAUCGAAUGUUUUAAAGGAUAUAAAAAAUCAACUAUUAAGUAAUAUUGUAUCAUUAAAUCAAACAUUAACACAAGAAAUGGAAAAUAUAAAUGAAAUUAAAAAAUUACAAAAAGAACAAAAUGCUAUAUUUUCAGAAAAUUGGUUAUACUUCUUUCCUUCAACAUCUGAGUAUUUAUUAGAUGAUAAAAAGCAUCCCCAAUACAAUAUUUUAAAUUAUUUAGAAGAAUAUAAAAAAAAAGAAAAAGAAAGUCACGAAAAUAAUGUAAGGAAGCAUAAUAAUAUAUCAUUUAGCUCAAAAUUUUUUUUAAAUUAUUUCAUCAUUUUUUUAAUAAUAGUUAUUAUUUUUAAUUAA